AUGACUUCAAGCAACGAUUUACCCUUAAAGUUCCGGACGAAUAAGAAGGUAGAACAACAGCAAGAAUUAGAGGACGGAACCGUAGAAGAUACUAAUCGGUUCGUACAACUCCUAACCGUUACCCGGUGGACUAUAAAACGCGCACCUAUAAACGAGACACUCCAGAAUUUAGUAAGCAAGUUGGGAUAG